AUGGCUGCUCCGAAAUUCGGGAAAGUUGCCGUGCACAAUUUCCCUCUCUCGUAUUAUUACAAAGUAGCCACGGCCUCGUUCGUGUGUGGCGCCGCCGUGGAAGCGUUCAUGAUACACACGUGCGUUCGAAUGAAAAUUAAAAAAUCCCCUAAUCUACUAAUAAUACUGACUUUCCUCUCUCUCUUUCUUUCUUUCUUUCUUUUCUCCUCUCUCUCUCUCUCUCUCUCUCUCUCUCUCUCUCUCUCUCGAUAA